ACUUUACGACUCGAAUCUAGUAGAAAUUGAAAGUACUUCGCGGGCCAUACCGCUUGAAUUUCUCGACUAGGUAGUACCGUCGCAAAAACUCUUCUCGAAGACGAUGAAUGAAUAGAUUUUUGUCUCUUCAUUUGAUCGAAAAUUGUUACAGUAUAGUGACUCAUAUUGAACAUAAAAUAUUCAGAAGGUUCACAAAGUAAUUGGAUAAUUAUAACCAGUGCGCGAAACUCAAGUUUCUUCAACCAGAUCUUUUGAAGAUUUUUGAAGAUACUAUCUCAAAAAUGGGAGAAAACCUGGAGGCUCAGUACACCGACCGAAUAGUCGAGAUGUACAAAGACAAAACACUUUUCAUCACAGGCGGUACCGGCUUUAUGGGCAAAGUACUCAUCGAGAAAUUGUUACGUUGCUUCACCGACGUGAAGAAAAUCUUCAUGAUGGUACGGACGAAAAAAGGAAAACAUCCCAACGAUCGGAUAAAGGAAAUAUUUUCCGGACCCUUAUUUGACACAGUUCGGAAAGAAAAAGGAGAUGAAGUCCUGAAGAAAAUCGUACCUAUCGUUGGAGAUGUUAGUUUACCAAAUCUAGGCCUUUGUCCCGAGGAUAGAGAAAGGAUAACUAAAGAGGUAGACAUUAUAUACCACUGUGCUGCCACCAUUCGAUUUGACGAGGCACUUAAAAAGGCUGUGCUGCUCAACGUUAGAGGUACCAAACUAAUGUUGGAUCUUGCAAAAGAAUGUAAAGCAUUAAAGUGUUUUGUCCACGUUUCCACUGCAUACUGCCAUUUGAACGAAAAAAUUCUAUAUGAAAAGGUAUAUCCCCCACCAACAAAUCCCCACGAUAUGAUCAGAACUGUUGAAUGGAUGAGUGAGGAGGUCAUUGACAUGAUUACACCGAAAUUAUUGGGUGAUAUUCCAAAUACAUAUGCCUUUACCAAGGCGUUAGGAGAAGCUUUGGUUGUGGAACAGAAAGAUAAACUGCCAGUAAUCAUUUUGAGACCAUCGGUUGUGAUACCUAUUUGGAAAGAGCCUUUGCCAGGCUGGACGGACAACAUCAAUGGACCUACGGGUUUGCUGAUCGGUGCUGGAAAAGGCGUCAUCAGGACGAUGUACUGCCAAACGGAUAGUUAUGCCGAUUACAUGCCAGUGGACAUAUUCGUAAACGCGACUGUUCUAUCUGUUUACGAUUAUGUCGGUAACAAAUCCGACAGAUGGAUAUACAAUUUAACAAGUUCAAGCGAGCACAAAAUAACCAUGGAAGAAAUUAUCAAUAUUGGAAGACGAGUUAUAGAAGAAAGGAUACCCCUAAACGGAGUGGCUUGGUAUCCAGGUGGAUCUAUGAAACGAUCGAAAAUCGUUCACUAUAUUUGUUUCUUCUUAUUUCAUUUAGUACCAGCAGUUCUAGUCGAUGCCUUAUUAACUAUUUUAGGAUAUAAACCAGUAUUGAUAAGAGUCCAGAAACGAAUCCUCAAAGGUUUCGAAGUAUUCGAAUACUACGCAAACAACCAGUGGGACUUCAACAACGACGUUUGUAUGGAGGCGCGAAAAACGAUGAAUCCACUGGAGAGAGAAAAGUACAAGGUGGACGGAGACGGAGUGGAUUACUUCGAAUAUUUCACGGAUUGCGUCCACGCAGCUAGAUUGUACAUUUUGAAAGAGACGGAUGACACUUUACCAGCAGCUAGAAGACAUAUGAAAGUGAUGUGGGUAGUCGACAAGCUCUUCAAGACAUUCUUUAUCGUAUUAUUAUUGUACUUUCUGUAUAAAAAAAUAUUUCUACCAUUCCUUUCUUAGCGUUUUAUAUAGUUAGCAAUAGUGAAUUUAUACAAAAAGCGAUAAAAAAUUGAAAAGCUGAAAAUAAUAAGAGGGGUGGAUAUUGAUAAUAGUCAAUAUAACAACAAUAUAGUCAACGAUAUAUGUAGUAGUUUAGUCUUCUAUAUUAAAUUAACUUUUGAUUAUCUUACUCUUUUAUGUUUUGUUAAAUUUUAUCUUUUCUUUUCUUUUUUUUAUUUUAGUAAUUCGAUGUGUUCUUUUACAUUAACAUUAUUAGGUAGAUAUUAUUAAAUACUUAAAAAAAAUAUAUAUAUUUCUAUAGCAUUAAUUAAAAGCCAAUUGAUUUGAUUAAAGAUGGAUAAGUUUUUGUAUAGUACUUUAAUAGCAAUAGCAUUCCCUGAAGUUUCAUACAUCAUAUUUUUUUAUGAUAGGUAAUAUUUAUUUUUUGUA